UCCCCCAAAAGGGCCAAAACCCCAAGGGCUCCGUCGAACCCGCUCGCAAAGCCAUGGAUUCGCCUCUACUGAAAGCGGCGGUAGAGAAUCCUCCCGCUGGGGCGGCGGCUUUUGCCACCAAGCUUGCUCCUCCCGCAGCUGCCAUCGCAGAUCUCACCUCGACCCCACAGCAGUCCGAUGGGAACGCCAAGGAGCUUGGAAAGCCUGGGCGGACGGAAGAGCGGAAGGUGGCUAAGCUUGUGGGCGUCAACUCAGGGAUUUCGAGUAAUUCCGAGGCCAGCGCUGUCACCGAUCUUGAGAGAAAGCUCCGGCGAGCCGAGAGAUUUGGGGUGCAGGUGGUGCUUUCCGAGAAGGAGAAGCGAAAUUCUCGAGCUGAGAGGUUUGGAAUUGGUUCAAACAUAACUGGAAGCAAGAUCCCGGGACAAGCAGAAGAGGAGAAAAGAAAAGCCCGGGCAGAGAGGUUCGGACUUAAGGUGGAUAAUCCAAUUGAUGAGGCAGCAAAGAAGAAGGCUCGAUUGGAACGAUUCGCACCGAACCCAAAGCUCAACACUUCAGAGGAGGAAAAAAAGAAGGCAAGAGCAAUAAGGUUCUCACAGGAUUCAUCUGAAGUGAGUGGCGAAGCCAACUGUGAUCUGCCAGAAGGCGAAAACUGAGCAACCCACUUGAUUGGGUUUUGCAGCAGAUCAUCAACGUCUCCAUGAUCAGACAUCUCGUUUAGCAGGUUUCCUCUGUUGAAUUGUGACACCCAAGUUCAGCGUAUGAAGUUUUAAAGUAUCUCCAUGUUCUAAAACAUGAUUUUGAUGACACAGUUGCUGUGUACUUAUGUUCCCUUUGGGAAUGGGUUUGGAUUUGGGGGUUAAUGUUCUUCAGGAAUCUUGAUAUCAUAAUUGUAGCAUUUGUAUUGCUAGUUACUUCUGAUCAGCCUUGGAGAAUACAAAUUAUCACUACUUUUUAGCCUA